AUUGUACUCUUCACAUGUUCAGGCAUUCUCCCCCACUGCUCUAAAUUGAUUCGCAAACGUGCCGUCCGCUAACGGAAGAUCUAGACGACCAUCCUACCUGCAGACAUCCCAUUCGCUGGUCCUCGGUCCGCAACAUACACUCUGUGCCAGGCAUGGCGAUGCCAUUUCCGUGGUAACAUGACGCUAGAGUAGCCCCCGCGACAGCUCUGGGAAGUACCUGAUGGCGGUUACUGGAGCCUUUACGGAGCCAGAUGCAGAGCAAGCGUGGUCGCACUGAUCCAUCAACCGGGUUACAAUGUCAAGAUAUAAAUCACGAUGACUUCCCACGACAGGAUCAGCAUCUUCACUGCGAUCUUUGGAGCAUCAAGAAGAACACAUCAUGCUCUUCACCUCAGUCAUUCGGGCCCUUCCGGCAUCCUUGCUUUUUACAGGCGCUCAUGGCACGCCUCUCGAGCGUCGUCAGACUUCCGUCGACACGUUCGUAACAAGCCAGAGAUCGGUUUCGAUCCAAGGUGUGCUUUCUAACAUCGGGGCUGAUGGCUCCAAGGCGCAAGGUGCAGCAGCGGGCAUCGUCGUGGCCAGUCCGUCCAAGUCAAACCCAGAUUACUGGUACACUUGGACAAGAGACUCUGCUUUGACGUACAAAGCCCUCGUCGAGCGUUUCAUCGGUGGGGACACCACACUGAGAAAGAAGCUCGAUGAGUACGUCUCAUCCCAGGCGUAUCUCCAGACCGUGUCGAACCCGUCCGGCGGUCCUGACACCGGAGGACUCGGCGAGCCCAAGUUCAACGUCGACCGUACUGCAUUUACUGGAGCUUGGGGUCGUCCUCAGCGCGAUGGACCACCUCUACGAGCCACUGCCUUGACACUCUACGCUAAUUGGCUUAUUGCCAACGGCAACACCACACAAGCUGCAAAUACCCUUUGGCCUGUUAUUGCCAAGGAUCUUGCCUACGCCGUCAAGUACUGGAACCAGACCGGCUUCGACUUGUGGGAAGAGGUCAAUGGCUCAUCCUUCUUUACCCUCGCAGCUACUCAUCGUGCCCUCGUAGAGGGCGCUGCACUCGCUACUAAGCUCUCAAAGACAUGUGACGGGUGUGCUGCCGCGGCCCCACAGAUCCUCUGCUUCCUUCAAAGCUUCUGGACUGGCAGUUACAUCGAUUCCAACAUCAAUGUGAAUGAUGGUCGUACUGGCAAAGACGUCAACUCCAUCAUCUCAUCGAUCCAUACCUUCGACCCAGCGUCAGCCUGUACCGACGCUACUUUCCAACCUUGCUCUUCUCGCGCUCUGCUCAACCACAAGGCUGUUACUGACUCCUUCCGCACCGUGUACGGCAUCAACAAGGGUAUCGCCCAAGGACAAGCUGUCGCCGUUGGAAGAUAUUCUGAGGAUGUAUACUACAAUGGCAACCCGUGGUAUCUUGCGACGCUCGCGGCCGCAGAACAACUUUACGCCGCUGUCUACCAAUGGAACACCAUAGGCUCCAUCACCGUUGACUCUGUAUCUCUUCCAUUCUUCAAGGACCUCCUGCCCAGCAUCGCCACUGGUACCUACGCCUCGAGCUCGGCUACCUUCGCAUCGAUUGUCUCUGCUGUCAAAACAUACGGUGACGGCUACGUUGCCGUGGUCCAGAAGUACACUCCUGCCAAUGGCGGGUUGGCCGAACAGUUCGACAAGAGCAGUGGUUCCCCACUCUCUGCCGUUGACCUGACUUGGUCUUAUGCGGCUUUCCUGACCGCCACCGAUCGUCGUUCUGGGUCUGUGGGUCCUUCUUGGGGAGAGAAGUCCAACAACGUUCCUCCGACAUCAUGCACAGCUCCUCCUUCCUGCAAUGUGCAAGUCACUUUCAACGAACGCGUGACCACCGCCUACGGAGACAACAUCUUCAUUGUUGGACAGCUCACUCAGCUCGGCAACUGGGAUCCGAACAGCGCUGUUGCGCUCAGUGCCAGCAAGUACACCAGCAGUGACCCGCUCUGGUAUGCAACUGUCAGCCUCCCUGCCUCAACUUCUUUCGCAUACAAAUACAUCAAGAAGACGUCGAGCGGCACUGUCGUAUGGGAGAGCGACCCGAACAGGAGCUACACAACUGCAACCACUUGUGGAAGCACUGCGACUCAGAACGACACAUGGAGAUAA